AUGGACGCGAAACCCCAAGCAGCAGGGGCCGAGGGCCUGGCCGCGCGCCCACAGGAAGCCUGCGGCCGCCAGCUCGCGUCACGGCUGGGCGGUCUGGUGCUGGUUGGCGAGAGUCUGACGCCGGCCGUCCCGUUGCAGAUGUGGAUCCAGCUGCUGUACAGCGCCUGCUUCUGGUGGCUGUUCUGCUACGCGGUCGACGCCUAUCUGGUGGUCCGGAGGUCUGCAGGGCUGAGCACCCUGCUGCUCUACCACAUCAUGGCCUGGGGCCUGGCCGGCCUGCUGUGCGUGGAGGGCGUGCUCAUGCUGUACUGGCCCUCCGUGACCAGGUGUGAGCGGGGGCUGCGGCACGCCAUCCCGCACUACGUCACCACCUACCUGCCCCUGCUGCUGGUCCUGGUGGCCAACCCCAUCCUGUUCCAAAAGACCGUGACGGCCGUGGCCUCCUUACUGAAGGGAACACAGGGCGUCUACACGGACAACGAGAGGCGGGUGGGAGCCGGCGUCCGGAUCCGCUUCUUCAAGAUCAUGCUGGUCUUAGUCAUUUGGUAAUCNNNCGUCAUCAACGAAGGCCUUUUGCUCUACCUUGAGAUGCAGCCGGACAUCCACGCGGGCCCCCUGAGGCCGGUGAGGAACGCAGCCAGGACCACGUGGUUUGUGCUGCGUCAUCCCUUUCCAGUGGUUGUCAUGUGUCUUCCUGGGGAAAAAACCAAAACCAAUGUCGGAAGGGAGCGUCAGCUCGCUCACGUCCGAGGCGUUGGCACGUCAACCUGCCCCGGGUCGGCCGGGAACCCCGAGGGCCGGCUGGUGCUGCUCACGGUGGGUCCUUCCCAGGCGGUGCUGCCCAGGGCCACUGAGCUGGGUGCGGCCCACGGCGGGGACCUUUGGGCAGACUGA